AUGGAUCUCGUUUUGAGCUACGCCGACAGCUAUGUUUUGACGCCCUAUGUUUAUCCAGCGAUGUGGCCCGAAGAGGAUCCUUUCCGGCAGCUGAUCAGCCUCUUCAUUGUAACAAACCUUGGUGGACUUGUCAUUUAUUUUCUGUUUGGCACUCUCAGCUACUACUUCAUAUUUGAUCACUCUCUGAAGAAACACCCCCAGUUUCUCGAGAAUCAAGUGGCGCGUGAGAUAAAAUACAGUGUCAGAGCAUUGCCAUGGAUCAGUGUCCCCACUGUUGCAAUCUUCUUCGCCGAAGUGAGAGGCUACGGCAGACUGUAUGAUAACAUUGAGGACUCUCCUUAUGGCUGGUUUGGUGUUAUCUUCAGCAUGCUGUCUUUUCUUUUCUUCACCGAUAUGUGCAUUUACUGGAUCCACCGAUUUCUCCAUCAUAAGCUUGUAUAUAAGCGUUUACACAAGCCUCAUCAUGUGUGGAAAGUCCCGACCCCUUUUGCAAGCCACGCUUUCCACCCUGUGGAUGGCUUCCUUCAGAGCAUCCCUUACCACAUCUACCCGUUCCUUUUCCCUCUGCACAAGGUGACCUACUUAGGCCUCUACAUCUUCGUCAACAUCUGGACGAUCUCCAUUCACGACGGGGACUAUCGCGUUCCCAGCGCCUUAAAACAGAUAAUCAACGGGGCCGCCCAUCACACCGAUCACCACUUAUACUUUGAUUACAACUAUGGCCAGUAUUUCACACUCUGGGAUAAAAUUGGCGGCUCAUUCAGAAACCCAUCCUCUUUUGAAAGUGCAGGGCCUCAUGAUUACGUGAAAAAGCUGCAAGACAGCGAAUUGAGCAGCACGAGAAAUGGUUGUGGAGAUGAGAAAACACAAAACGGAGACCGUCUUAAAAACAAAUAG